AUGCAAUAACAUUGAAAACGUUUCAAACCUUUUUUCCUUGGCUUUUUUUGACCGGAUGUGGAUGAGGCUUCAAUACCAUAUUGGUAUCCAAGACACAAAUUCCACUAUAUUUGGACUUACUAGAAUGGAGAAAAUAGAGCACUGAAUACACUGAGGAGCCUUUGUUAACAUCUUAUAAGCAUGUCACACAACACCAUUCACUGGUUUAGGAAAGGUUUGCGUCUCCAUGACAACCUAGCACUUCUAGAAGGGAUAAGAAACAGUGCAGAAUGGCGGGCAGUGUUUGUCUUAGAUCCUUGGUUUGUGCAGAAUGCUAAAGUUGGACCUAAUCGCUGGCGUUUCCUUAUGCAGUGUCUUGAGGAUCUCAAUAAUAGCCUUAAUAAACUUGGAUCCAGACUAUUUGUUAUCCGUGGCAACCCAAAUGAAGUGUUCCCCAAGCUAUUCAAGAAAUGGGAAAUAACACAGCUUACAUUUGAAGUUGAUACAGAACCAUAUGCCAAACAGCGAGAUCAGACCAUAACAGACCUAGCCAAGAAACACCAGAUUGAUGUCUUACAAAGAGUGUCUCAUACUCUAUAUGAUACCAAACAAAUCAUCAAAAAGAAUGGUGGCUCUGCUCCAGGGACCUAUCAACGUUGCCUCACCGUCAUGUCACAACUUGGUGCCCCACCACAACCAGAACCUACUCUUUCUAAAGAUGACAUUAAAGGCUGCAAACUAUGCAUGGAUGCCUGUGGUUUUACAGCUGAUAUUCCAACCUUAGAAGAACUAAAUGUUAAAGAAAACGACCUUGAAACAUGUUUGUAUGUCGGAGGUGAAAGUGAAGCUCUGAAACGACUAGACAAAUAUAUGACAAGGCAGCAAUGGGUAUGCAACUUUGAGAAACCAAAGACAGAACCUAACAGUAUUAACCCGAGUACAACAGUUCUAAGCCCUUACCUUAAGUUUGGAUGUUUAUCUGCUCGAACGUUCUAUCACAGACUCAAUGAAAUAUAUCGUCAUAAUAAAAAACAUAGUGGUCCCCCUGUUUCACUUGAGGGGCAGCUUUACUGGCGGGAGUUCUUCACAACUGUUGGAUCUGAUACACCUAAUUUUGACAAAAUGGUGGGAAAUCCAAUCUGCCGGCAGAUACCUUGGGACGACAAUACACAGUUUCUUGAGGCUUGGAAACAUGGGAAAACUGGCUACCCUUUCAUUGAUGCAAUUAUGGUUCAAUUACGCAGAGAAGGUUGGAUUCAUCAUCUAGCUAGGCAUGCAGUUGCGUGCUUCCUAACUAGGGGUGAUUUAUGGAUUAGCUGGGAGGAAGGACAAAAGGUGUUUGAGGAGCUGUUAUUGGAUGCUGACUGGAGUUUGAAUGCUGGGAAUUGGAUGUGGUUGUCUGCAAGUGCAUUCUUCCAUCAAUACUUCAGGGUCUACAGCCCUGUCGCAUUUGGCAAGAAAACAGAUAAGAAUGGAGAUUUUAUAAGAAAAUACUUGCCAGUUUUGCAAAACUUCCCAGCACAGUACAUAUAUGAGCCAUGGAAAGCCCCUUUAAAGGUUCAGGAGAAGUUCAAGUGUAUCAUAGGUAAAGACUACCCCAAGCCAAUUGUGGACCAUGAUGUAGUCAGACAAUUGAACAUCAAGAAAAUGGCUGCAGCGUAUGCUAAGAAUAAGGAGGCAAAGGAAGAGUCGCCUAAGAAGAAGAAGCAAAAAGUGAAAUAACUAGUCAGAUGGGAGGGUUGAUAUCUCAGGCUGAUUAUAUACUCAGGAAUCAGGUUUUAUUUCACUGUAAUCGGACAAUGCUUCAAAGGAUUCUGUGUAUAAAUCAAAAUAUUUGAAUCAUCACAUAAAGAAUUUGAAUUGUCAUGUGAAGAAUUUGAAGUGACAUAAAUGACAUAUGAAGAAUUUGAUUUGUCAUAGGAAG